AUGGUGCACCCCGGCUGGGUCUGCCUGCUGCAGAGCCUCCUCCUGCUGGCCAGAGCGCGGCAGAGUCGCGGCCCCGCCGGCGCCUGCCCGCUGCGCGGAAAGACUGAACUGAACUCCUUUCUGUGGACCAUCAAGAGAGAUCCCCCAUCUUACUUCUUUGGCACCAUCCAUGUCCCAUACACCCGUGUCUGGGAUUUCAUCCCAGAGAACUCCAAGAAGGCCUUUCAGCAGAGUCACAUAGUGUACUUUGAGCUGGACCUCACCGACCCCUACACCAUCUCUGCUCUCACCAGCUGCCAGCUGCUGCCACAGGGGGAGAACCUUCAGGAUUUGCUGCCCCGUGACAUCUACCGCCGGCUCAAGCGGCACCUGGAAUAUGUCAAACUCAUGAUGCCAUCUUGGAUGACACCAGACCAGCGGGGCAAGGGGCUGUAUGCAGACUACCUCUUCAAUGCCAUUGCUGGCAACUGGGAGCGGAAGAGGCCAGUGUGGGUGAUGCUGAUGGUGAACUCUCUGACGGAGGUAGACAUCAAGUCUCGAGGAGUGCCCGUCCUGGAUCUGUAUCUGGCCCAGGAAGCAGAACGGCUUAGGAAGCAAACAGGCGCUGUGGAGAAGGUGGAGGAGCAGUGCCACCCACUGAACGGGCUUAACUUCUCCCAGGUGAUCUUUGCUUUGAAUCAGACUCUCUUGCAGCAGGAGAGCCUCCGAGCAGGCAGUUUCCAGAUCCCCUAUACGACAGAAGAUCUUAUCAAGCAUUACAACUGUGGAGACCUCAACUCUAUCAUCUUCAACCAUGACACUUCUCAAGUCCCAAAUUUCAUUAAUGCUACACUGCCAGCCCAUGAGCGUAUUACUGCCCAAGAGAUAGACAGCUACUUCCGUCAGGAGCUCAUCUACAAGCGAAAUGAGCGAAUGGGAAGGAGGGUGAAGGAGCUGCUGGAAGAAUACCCUGACAAGAGCUUCUUUUUUGCAUUUGGAGCUGGUCACUUCAUGGGCAACAACACAGUGAUCGAUGUUUUGAGGAGAGAAGGGUAUGAUGUAGAGCACACCCCAGCUGGACAAGCCAUCAACAACGGAAAACUCCCCAAAACUUUGUUAGCCUUCUCAUCGUCCUCACCAGCACAUCACCCUUAUGUAGUGUCCCAGGAGCUCCCACUGCCGUUGCAUACCCUGAAAGAGGAGGAGGAAGAACUCUUGCCUCACCUGCUGCUACCUGAUGGCAUCGAUGUGCUGGAGAAGGUAGAGAGGAAGUACAAAAAGAAGAAGCAGCAGCAGAAGAAGCAAAGACUGCGGCAGUUUAAUGACCUAUGGGUUCGCUUUGAAGAAAGUGCCACCGACCCUCCUCCCCGUAUCCGUAUCAUCAAUGGCUACAUCACAGUGGAACCCCAGCCCCGGGGCCAUGGACGGUUCAGUCCCGCUCACACAGACACCAGCUCGCACAGACACAGUGGCUCUCACCAGCUCUCCCACUCCCUUCUGCUCUCACUACUGACUUUGGCUAUGCAUAUGAUUAGGCUGCACUGAGAUGUAAGGGGAGCCGAGCGGCAGGGCUCUCCCCUUAAAAAGCAAACAAGAGACUUACGUUAAAAAUAAAAAUAAAAACGGAAGACUUUGUGAGCGGGACACCUAUUCUGUGGGGUGUUCUCAAACUGCUUCCUUUUCCUGAACCUAGAUCAUUAACACUAUUAACUGGUUUGACCUGCCCAAUACAGGAGAAGAUAUUUUAAUGAAAGUGUUAUUUAAUCCUUCUCUUGCAGAAGAGUGACUUCAUGUUAUCCCAUAAUGCUUUGGGGAAAUGUAUAAUGUUGCUAUAACAUAGCUGUUGUUUAGCUGUAUGAGCCCAACUGAGUUAUACUUUUUGCACCUUCAGUGCCUUGCGUGGGGAUUUACACACCACUUAGCUUGUUUUUUAGAACAGAGUAUUUUGGUCAUAUGAACACAGCUGGGAGGAAGAGGUUAGUAUUUUCUAGUAAUGCUUUUAACUCUUUUUAAUUCCUGCUUAUUCCUGCUCCAGAUUAUACAUAAAGGUUCAUAAAAAACACCUUCUACAAUAGAA